UUAACAUCUCUCUCUCUCUCUAUCUUCCUAAUUGUUGUUACGAAGUUAAUUGUGUUUUAAUUAGAUUAUUAAACAGAGUUUUGUACCCGGAGAAUUAACUGUUAAUUUGUGUUAAUUGUUUACUUAAAUUUCUGCUUUGGUGUUUUAUUUGAUUUGCUGCUUUUUUUUUCUUUUCCUUCAUCGUUUGUAUAAACAGGCAAACAUGUUACCAGCUAAUAAAUCCUGUUACUUUUAUUUUCUUCAUCAUCUUGUUGGACUCGUUACUUUUAUCAUAUUGUUAAAUGUUAAUGUUAAUCAUUUUGUCUAUGGAUUACCUUCAUCUUCACCUUUGUCAAAUUCUACCGAUGGUUCUGUAACUUUAUUAUCGCCAUCUUUUUCUGCACAAUCAGUUAAUUCAAUUUCCAAUGAAACCGUUGAAAAUGUUUCUUGUGAAAGUAGAAAUUCAAGUUGUUCUUCUUGUGUUAAAUCUAAAAAAUGUUUCUACUGUUACUCAACCAGUUCAUGUUUACCCUUUAACCUUAAAUUGUCUGGUUGUUCAUCGGUUAAAGAAACUGCUUAUGGUACUUGUUUGGUUAAAUUUAACGUUCUUGCCAUUUCUCUUGGUUCCAUGGCUGGUGUAAUUCUUCUUACAAUUGUGAUCACUUGCUGUUGCUGUUGUAAUUGUCAACGGAAAAGAUCAGGCUGGGAAGUAGAUAAUCAAAAAGAAAAUCUAACCAUGCGAGGGUCUGUUAUCCGUGAUAAUGCUUUUGCCAAACGAGAGGAAAGACAAAGGCGAGUGGAUGAGAUCAAACGGAAAUACGGAAUUCCGGAGAAAAAAUGAGGAUGAACCCUAAUAACGUUAUCAACUGAAGCCACACACAAACUCAUGGGAUCGUUUUUCAAUCAUUAUCAUCGUAAACACAAUCAACAUCCUCCCACCUUAAUCAACCUCCUAAUCCUCCCUUUUUGUUAAUCAUUGUAAUCCUAUUCAACCACCUCGUUAGUUACCUUGUUAAUGAGAAAAAUUGAGAUUAAUCUUUUUAGCUCAGCUUCAAAUAAUUGAUGUAACCAUGCAAUCGCCAUGAUUUUCACCACGUUACCUUCCUCACUCUCUCUCCCUUCUUGAAAACUCUGCGUGAAAACUAAAGCAAUGCUGGUUAUGGAUGAGAUCUCUGGUCAUAAACAAACAAUUUCGAGUUUAAUUAGCACAAUUGUUUGCUUGGAAAAACAAACAAUCACAAUUAAACUAAUUGUAUCUCCUUUUUUUAUAUUUUUAUCUCCCACUAACAACAUCACCAAUUCACUAAUUAGACAUUUCAAUUAAUUUUUCUAUUAAUUAUAAUUGAUUUAGAAAAUUGUACAUAGAAACUUAUCCCAAUUGUAAAUUAUACCAAAAAACAACAACAACAAUUAACUAACUCCACACAUACAAAAUCAAAAACCUUUCUGGUUAUUAAUUAAUCAAUUGAUUUUAAUAAUAAAAAUGGCAAAUUACAUCAACAACAAUAA